UUUCUCGCCACGUAUUACCUUUCCCGAUGCAGGGAAAAGCGUCCAGGUUCAUGGAACCGGAGCGCUCUCCUCAACCAUGGCCAAGAUUUAUUCCCCCCUCUUCCUGAGACCUCCCAACCCCUGGAGAGAACCAGGAAGAAAAACGCGCGUGAGCUUAAAGCUUUCUUCUUGAUUUUGUUAUAAUUCUCCUCUCAUGGCCUCUGCCACUGCAACUCUCGGUUCGGUCUCUUCGCAUUCGCUCGUCUCCCGGGAUCCCAAAGCGGCCUUGAUUGGGUCUGCCAGGCAUCUAGAGGCGUCGAUCGUGCCGUCGGCGGUCACUAAUCCUUCCCGGAGGCGAUGGGUGGUGAAGCCGCUCCAUGCGGUGGAGCCCGCCAAGAGGAACGAUUCCGUGGCGUCUCUGGCGGCGGCGAGGAUGGCGGAGGCGGUGGUGGAGGAGAAGAGAAGGGAGAGGGAGAAGGAGGAAGAGGAGGUGGAUUACGAUCGGCUAGCGAGAGAGCUCGAGAACUCUUCUCCUCUCGAGAUCAUGGACAAGGCCCUUGAGAAAUUUGGGAACGACAUCGCCAUCGCCUUCAGUGGAGCAGAGGAUGUUGCAUUGAUAGAGUAUGCUCGGUUGACUGGUCGACCCUUCAGAGUCUUCAGCCUGGAUACUGGAAGGCUGAACCCAGAGACAUACAGGUUCUUUGAUGCUGUGGAGAAGCAUUAUGGCAUUCACAUUGAAUACAUGUUCCCAGAUGCAGUGGAAGUGCAGGCCUUUGUGAGGAGCAAGGGUCUGUUCUCGUUUUAUGAAGAUGGACACCAGGAGUGCUGCAGGGUGAGGAAAGUGAGACCAUUGAGGAGGGCCCUUAAGGGCCUUAGGGCGUGGAUCACUGGACAGAGGAAGGAUCAAUCCCCUGGCACCAGAGCCCAGAUCCCUGUUGUUCAGGCAGAUCCUUCUUUUGAAGGGAUGGAUGGUGGAAUUGGUAGCCUAAUAAAGUGGAAUCCAGUUGCUAAUGUAGAAGGCAAAGAUAUAUGGAAUUUCCUCAGGACCAUGGAUGUUCCUGUGAACUCCUUACAUUCACAGGGGUAUGUGUCAAUUGGUUGUGAACCCUGCACCCGCCCUGUCUUGCCUGGUCAGCAUGAGAGAGAAGGAAGAUGGUGGUGGGAGGAUGCAAAGGCCAAGGAGUGUGGACUCCACAAGGGUAACAUUGCACAGCAAGGGGUACAAAAAUCAGGUAGUGAUGGAAAUGGGGCUGCGACAAUCAACAAAUCGGACAUCUUUGAGACCCAAGCCAUUGUUAACCUUAGCAGGCCAGGUAUAGAAAACUUGCUGAGGAUGGAGAACAGGAGAGAGCCUUGGCUGGUUGUUCUCUAUGCUCCUUGGUGCCGCUUUUGCCAGGGAAUGGAAGCUUCCUUUGUAGAGUUGGCUGAGAAGCUCUCUGGUACAGGCAUCAAGGUAGGGAAGUUCCGGGCAGAUGGAGACCUGAAACCAUUUGCUCAACAAGAACUUCAAUUGAGAAGCUUCCCCACAAUACUGUUCUUCCCCAAGCACGCAUCUAGGCCCAUAAAAUAUUCUUCUGAACGGCGGGAUGUCGAUUCACUCCUUGCAUUUAUCAAUGCUCUUCGAUGAUAUGGAGCUUGGGCUGUUUCGUGGCAUAAUUCUUCACUUCGAUUUGGCUGCCAGGUUUUGGUGAUUGUGGAGAAGUAUAAAAUGGUGGAUUCACAGAUUUAGUGGGAUUUGCUAUCCUAGGUUGUGUAUGUUCUUUGGAUCUUUGCUCUUCUGCCCAUUAGUUUUUGGAGGUGAUGAGACCAAGAGAUCCUGAAUUAGUGUAUUUUUCAUAUCCUUCGUUAUAAGUCUUUGUAGUAGGGUAGCAGUGGAUUCCAUUGCCACUCCUUUUUUUCCCCUUUAAAUUUCAUAAUGUUGUAGUCUUAUUGUAAAAAUGUUUGCAUUUUAAGGUCCUCGAGCAGUUAAAAAUAGUGUUUAUAGCCUUGGCAUAAAGGUUCUGUGA